AUGGAAACUAAGUUUAUUGCUAGUAAUGGUAAUGGUGAAUUUGAUAUUCUUCGGACUCGGCUGUUGCUAAUGUUUGGUGGACCGUUAGGUUUUCAUCUUUUAUAUUUGCGUGAACCGCUUGAAGCUUAUGUAUAUUUUGCAACAUUUGGUCUCUCCUUGAUUGCGGUAUUUUAUGAUGCAUUAAUUCUGAAUAGCCGAGUUGUUGCACGAAAUAAAGAAAUAAAUAUCGGAGUUAUCAGUGAUCGGAAAGUGAAGGUAGUAUCCACCUCAAUUAUUCGUUUCAUUGCACAGUUGCUAUUUGGCUAUUGGAUUGGAUUUUUGUUCUGUUUAGUUACUGUUUUAAUUGUUGGCACUGGACAUCGUAUUGUUUUAGCUUUGUUCAUAGCUGUUGGUGUUAGUCAAGGUGUUUAUGUUGUUGGAAAUUGUAGGAAGCAGCAACGUAGCUUAAUUUACAUAGCACUUCCGGCAGUUAUUUCUUCAUUAAUGGCGAUUCUUUUAUUCGAUCUUUCGUUGUGUCGAACAAUUUUCUUCACCGCAAUUUCGGCAAUAUUUGUGGGUAAUCGCAGUACACAACUUCGAGAUAUUCAGAGAUUCUCGGUUAUGACAUAUUUUGUUUUGUCACUAAUUCAUUCCGUUAUCGUAAUUAUUAUUUUGAUUGGUUUGACGCGCGUUGUACUUGACCGACGAAUCUCAGUCGUCAAAAGAAAUUCUUAUGCUCGUGUUUCUGCUUCACUUGGUUCCGUCAUACAAGACAAAUAUUUUCGUGUUCCAAGCAAAGAUAUUUUCGAAAAUUUUUCACGUAUCGAAUAUUUGCCAUCACAGCAUAGAUCGAUACUGAACACAGGAACACCGCGAGCAUAUCACCAAAAUGGACAAGAAAAUUUUUCAGUUUUCGAUUACUUAACUGUAUUAAUUAUUGAUUAUAUGCGAUACAGUACGGAGCUGUCGAAGAACACAGAGAAGCAUGGAUUGAGUGCUUUACAAUUGGCUGCAUGGAGGACAUUUGCUUUACAGGUUUUGGAUGUGACGCCAUAUGUAUCAGAUGAAAAAGUGCUGCAGGAAUGUUCAAAAUAUUUGAAAAAUAAAGAAACGAUAAACGAAACUGUGAAAGAUAGCAACUAUUGGCAGCAAAAAGCUAUCAAAAAAGCUUGCAAAUUUAUUUCGCAUUUAUUAGUUAAGUAG